GAAGCCUCUCACAUUCCCACAAGCGUAGAAGCGCUUUGAAGGAAUUGGAUGGAGCUGCCGCGUCUCUCUGCCGUUCAAAGGAAUAAAAACGCGUUUUCCGCGCUAAUGAACACUGCUCACCAUUACUUUACAACACAUCAGUGAUAUACCGACAUUUAAAUAUCUACUUCCUCCUUUUUAAUUCACAGAAAAAACAAGUUUUCGGACGCGAAAACCUGGACAGGCUGAGUUUUACGCAUUUCGGCGACCAAGGAGGAAAAUCGAGGAGCGGGGUUUCUUGUGUUUUUUUCCCUACCAAACUAAGGAUAUUUCUCCGCUGGGGAAUCACAAACGGAACCUUACGACGUUAAAUACGUUGGAUACGUUAAAGGAUUUUCCCUCCGUCGUAAUUAGGAGCGCGUUUCACCGCCUUCUUUGUCCUGAGCGCACACCCUCUCCAUAUGGCGUAAAACGUGCUCUGCGCUGAAAAAAAGACACUUUGGAGGACCACAACUCAGAUUUGACCCAGACAAACUGUACCCACGUCAGUGCAGAGUCUCCAUUAAAGAACGUGGAUGUAAUAACGGAUUGUAGUGCCGUUUUUUUAUAUACAGCCCUGCAUGUCUCCUGUCAUCAUAAUCCACUCCGGCAUGGCGUUUCUCUGGAAGUAGUCUACAAAGUGGAGGAUGGCUUGUUACUUUGCCGCAGGUCAUAGUCUGAUCCUCCUCAGUGCCUGAUGGCACAGUGGCAGUGAAAACUCUGUUUUUGUGAAGGUUCAGUAUGACUGCAGCUGCAGCUGUGUUAACGGGCUUGGCCAAGCUGAAACGCCAAGACUCCGCUCGCUCUCAGCACCGACCCAUAACACCCACAUCCCCAGGUCUGGGAAUCCCUGUCCCAGAAGCUGCCCCAAGAAAAAGAAAACGACGCACCGAUAUUGUGGUGGUACGUGGCAGGCUCCGCCUCUACUCUGCCUCGGGGUUCUUCCUCCUACUUGGACUGGUCAUCUUAGCGUUUGGGAUCGGCAUGGCGACACUGGGAUACUGGCCACACAGUGAAACCAUGCCCUCGGCCAAAUCUGCGACUGGAGGAGGAGGAGGCUCUCAGACAGAUACUGGUGGAGGAGCCAAAUCAUCUGGUGAAAGAAAUGAAGCCAAGACAGUCCAAGAGGGGGAUGAAGCCUUGUCGAGCAGGAGUCAUAACGUGCAAGGUACACCGUCCAAGCAGACAGGGGGCGCUCUAACGCGGUUCCUGGAACAGCAUCGUCACUCUGAGCGGAUGAAGAUGUUUGGGCCUUUCACCAUGGGCAUUGGGAUUUUCAUCUUCAUUUGUGCCAACGCUAUUCUUCAUGAAAACAGGGACAGAGAAACAAAGAUAAUCCAUAUGAGAGACAUGUACUCUACAGUCAUUGACAUCCAUCGCCUCAGGCAGCGAGAGCAAAAACAACACCGCAACAGCGCUUAUGCAAGAGAAGUUGGGGAUCUCCGUGGAUUUGGAGGCGAUAACGCAGCACAGCUGGCCAGUAACUCCCUCCUGGCUUUCUCCUCACGAGCAGGAGUCUCCACCGAGGAGGAGGUGCUGUUAGGGGAUGAGGAGUUUCACAGACAUCGAGAGAAGGCUAAGUUGGAUUGUAGCUUUGCUGGGCUGCUUGCCCCGCUCUACAAGGACCGCCCCUUCUGCGGCCCGGGGCUCGGGCUGGCUCAUUCUGACUCCAUGCACCGUCAGUGGUCAGUGGAUGUAGAUGCGGAGAAGGGAGGACACCAUGCUCGCUCCAUCGUGUCCUCCUCCAUCUCUGCUUUUACUCUCCCUGUCAUAAAACUCAACAACUGUGUUAUUGAUGAACCAGAGAUGGAGGUGAUCACAGAGGAGGAGAGAGGAGGAGACAGAGAGAGGGCACAGCCACUGAGCUCCAUGGUGUCGCUGGUCGUUCCUGUAGCAACUGUUGCCAAGGCCUCCAAACCACCAAGCUUACACCGUAGUAACUCCGCCUCCUCCUCCCCCUGCUCCUCCAUCUCCUCCUCCUCACUGUCCCCUGCUCCGUCCUCUACCUCAGGCUGCUGGCUCUCCCCGGGAGCAGCAAGGAGUGACUUUGGCUCUAACUCCUCUCUGCACAUGCUCAGCAGCCACUCCAAAUCUCUGGACCUGGAGCACGCCGAGUGCGGGCUCAGCGUGCAUCCAGAGCAGCGGAAGCACCCCAGCUGGCCCCGGCUUGACCGGAGCCUCAGUACCCGCAGUAACAGUGGCAACCGGGGCAGCAGCAAAGGCUACAUGCGACUGGAGGACAGAGAGGAGCAAGGGGAGCGGCUGCUAGACGAGCCAUCGUCCGCAACAGCGAGGCGUGACUACAGUAAGCGUGAGAAGCUUCUGAUGAUAUCGCGGUCGCACAAUAACCUGAGCUUUGAACAUGACCAGUUUAACAGCAACACGCUGAAGAGAGGAAGCUCCGAGACUCGAUUCUGAAAGUGAUGAGUUAAAGGUUGAAGACAUUUGUGACAUAUGUUCUAUAAACUGCUCUCCAGACAGUUUGAGUGUACAGAGGAAGAGGUGCGUCCUGCAGAGAGGAAAUUCAAAUGUGGUUUCAAAACAGCAGGCUGCAGAGCAGUGACUAAAAGACCAUCCUUCAAAGUAAAGGUUUAGGCUUAAUGUCGGCAAGACACUGAAAGGCCUAAUGUACCAGGUCUAAAAGUGCUGUUCUGUAGAUGACCCUGACCUAUGAACUAUGUGAGGGGAGCACAAAUAAAUCUUGUUACAUCAGUCUGCUUUACACAAACAGUUUCAAUAGAACUUCUUUAGGAUCAAUACUGUUUCCUUUCAACUGAUUUAAAAAUAGCUUUUUUUUCCCAAGCGUGACAGAGUUGAGUUCUAGCAGCUGCUCAUAAAGGAACCUAUUUUAUUGAACUGAAACCAGAGAAAGACCAGUUUAAUGUAAGACAACAAUAACAAAUCAUACUUCUGUAGCACCUUUGACAACAAAGUGGCUUUAUAGGCUGAUUAUGGUCAUUUUUCAGCAACGACAAAAAAGUAUGACCACUAAAUUGAACGUGGCGGUUCAAUUUGUGCAUUGCACACAGAGGCGACAAAGCAUUUAAGACCAACAGACAUAAAUAUCAGUGGUAAAGAAUUUGUUUUCAAGGUGGUUACUGUGUGUCUGUGUUUGUCUGAUGAUGUUUGUAGAUGCAGAAAGUGGGAAACACAAACAGCAAAGUCUGACAAAGUCAGUUUCUUCAAUGUGGGAGGGCAACAAAAUAGAUGGGAGAUAAAUCAAGCUCCUUGGACGUGUUACACGGGCUGUGUGACCUGUGUUGUCCCGAGGUUACAAUAAAGAAAUCCUGUGCUUUCUGUAGAAAUACAGUAAAAGGUUUUGUUUGUCCACGACUGAAACCUAGAAGUAACAGACGACAACUUGUGGCUUAGUUCACUUGGCUUCACUCAGGAUUAAAAAGUCUGUAAUUAAUGUACUGAUCAGUUUGUCCAUCAUUGACCCUACUCAGUAUCAGGGAAACCCCGUCUGUUUGAAUAAUAUUUGUAAACUCUCCAGAAGAGUCUGAAUAUUAAGAGUUUCACGAACAAUUAUCACAGAUUUUUCCGUGUGUACAUUAAAGGUUAAAGUGAUGUGUCAAAACUCCAAACUUCUAUUUAAGGGUCAGAAACUAGUCUUAAGUUAUGAAUUGUAUCUGACUCAUCAUUAUUUAUCAAUAAUAGUCAUCUGAAUUGGCCUUGUUUGAUACUUUUUCAGCGUGGUGUGAUUGAACGGACAUUACCACCCAGAGAAAUCAGUAGACAACACUGAAUGAUGUACUCAUGUCGCACUCGAGUCUACAAUAAACCACAGUGUCCACAUGUACCUUCAUAAAUCCAGGGAUUUGUAUUAUUGUAAUAUCAGCCCACUCUGUCACAGUUUUGCAUUUUUAUCUCAGUAUUUACCUAAUGAUGAAGGCUGUGUGAUGAUUCAGCGUCUGAGCCACCACAUAGUAAUAACGGCUCGGAGUAUUUUAUUGUUACAUUAGGCAUAUUCUUAUAAGUGCAGCCGCUUCUCUAGUCUGUAUUUACAAGCCAAUGUGGUGCCUCCAUAUCGCUCAAUGUCCAUGUUUCACGUUCUACUCGGUUUGUCAGCUAAUCUCAUUAAACACAACGUGUAGUGUACGUUCUCUCGGCUGCUUUUAAUCCAGAACACACCAGCUCACUGGGCGUCAUUCACUGGUAAUCUCCCCACAGUUUAUGGGGCAAUGUCCAACUUUAUCCUUUACCAAAAUAAAAUGUAUUUUCAUUGAAA